UAAUAUUAGUGAUGGGUAUAACAGGUUUAUUACCUUUCCUAGAAAAGGCUUCUAAGAAGUCUCAUUUAAGUGAAUUUAGGGGCUGCACAGUUGCAAUAGAUAGUUAUUGUUGGCUUCAUAAAGGAGCUUUUGGUUGUGCUGAUAAAUUAGCCCAGGGGAUUGAUACAGACUUGCACAUACAAUAUUGUCUUAAGUAUAUUAAUUUACUGAUCUCUUAUCAAAUUAAACCUAUAUUGGUGUUCGAUGGUAAACACUUGGCUGCUAAGGAGUUGACGGAGGUGAAACGGAGAGAGGCGAGAAAAAAUGCUAAAAAACGUGCCCAAGAAUUACUGAAACUGGGAAAAGGAUACGAAGCUCGUUCGUUCCUCAGAAGAUGCGUCGAUAUAACACACGAAAUGGCCUUAAAUUUAAUGAAAGAAUGCAGGAAAAGAAAUAUAGACUGCAUUGUUGCACCUUAUGAAGCCGAUGCCCAAUUGGCAUUUUUAAAUGUUAAUAAUAUAGCACAUAUUGUCAUUACUGAAGACUCUGAUUUGACAUUGUUUGGAUGCACCAAAAUUUUAUUCAAACUGGAUCUAAAUGGUAAUGGUACAUUAGUGGAUAGUACAAAGUUCCACCUCGCCAUGGAAAUUCGUCCAGAACGUUAUACGUUUGAUAAAUUUCGAUAUAUGUGUAUUUUAUCAGGUUGUGAUUAUUUAGAUUCUCUUCCUGGUAUAGGUCUUGCAAAGGCUUGCAAAUUUAUAAAGUUGACAGAGGAUCCUGAUAUUUACAGGGCUUUGUUACGAAUACCAGGUUAUUUAAAUAUGAAAAAUCUAGUCGUUACCGAAGAAUACAGAGAAGGUUUUAUGAUGGCCGAUGCGACAUUUCGUCACAUGUUUGUAUAUAAUCCGAUGAAAAGGAAAAUGAUGCCUUUGACUGAUCCUAGAGAAGCAGGUACAGAUAUUAAAUAUUGUUUCAACGCUGGCGAAAAACUGGAUGAUGAUAUCGCGUUUCAAUUGGCUUUGGGAAAUUUGGAUCCUUUUUCUAUGAAAACGGUUGAUAAAUGGAAUCCUGAUUCGACACUGAGUUUUCAAACAAGUAACAGCAUCUGGAGUAAACGUUUUAUCCCUAAAAAAGCUCCUGUAACAGUUGAUGCCAAAAAAGUUAAUUUUCCGUCGACAUUUGGGAAAAGUUUAUCCGUCGAUUCGUUUAAAUUGGUAAAGAAAAUUUCUAAGGACGAAAUUGAAAAUGCAGACGAAGGGGUGUCUGUAGCAGAUCUUAGUAAAAUUUACCGAAAACCAACCAAAACCGACGACGUGCCUUACAUAGAAGUCGAAGAAUCACAAUUAAUCGAACCUCCGACAAAUAAUCAAAAUAUCACCAAUACUACCCCUAAAAAAUCAAGAAAUCCGUUCGCCAAAACCAACGACGACGACCCGUGCGAAGAAUCUCCCAAAAAACUUUUCGAACAAAAUCCCGAGAUAACGUCUCCUGUUUUUAAAAUGAAGUUAACUAAAAAUACGUCCCUGAUCAAGACUGUCACGAGCCCUCAGAAAAGUGGUAAACGCAAACGGUUGAGCAAGUUCGAUUCGACUUCUGAGCCGACGGGUAGUGUCGUUAGCAAAUUUUUCAAGGGCGAUUCGAAAGAAGACGAUGAAGUGUUUGACGAUUCAAAAAAAUCCACAUCAGUCGACGAAAUAAGUGAAAAAUCGGGAAAAAGUACAGAUUUAAACCAAUCCGAUGAAGUUUUUGAAAAUACAAGAUCAACACGAUCGUCGAGCAGAAAUAGUUUAGAUACUAGUACGAGUAAAUUAGAUGAAUCUGAUAAAGAAUUGGACAUGGAAGCGAUAAAAUCACAGUUAGUCAACAAAUACACGCGAAUAAAAAAAUCCCAAUCCGUCAGUCUUCCAGUAUAUCACUCGUCGUUUAAAAACGACAAAUGCACUCGCGAAAUAUUCAAAGGACUUGUGAAUGAAUCGUUUAUUGACAAAACAAAUGUCGUCGAUACUGAGUAUAAAAAUCCUGUCGUCGCUGAAGAAGAUAUGUCUGAUGUUGUACUAAUUACAGAUGAUGAUGAAGAUACAUCAACUACCACUUUGUCCCAACCGCUCUCUAAUUUAGCAGUCAGUCAAAUUCUGAAAAAAUCCUUUUCAGAAAAAGUUACAUUUGUGAAACCUGAUGCGAAAAAAACGAUGUGCAAAAGACCUGGUUUAUCGAAAAAUAAAAAUUCGACGACAAGUUCGGGACAAAGCAGAUUGAGCAUGUUCGGGUUUACCAAAAAGUAA